AUGAGGGCUGCUCUCUGGGCCCUGGGAGUCGGGCCCCUUCUCCUCACUCUCUGGGCAGUCCCCAUCGGUGGACCGGGCAGCCUGCGGCUGGCGAACAGAUACAGUGAGUGUGACGGAUUGGUGCUGGUCCAACACGAGGGCGUGUGGGGACACGUGUGCAACGAGGAGUGGACGCUGGCGGAGGCGUCGGUGGUGUGCAGGCAGCUGGGCUGCGGCCAGGCUGUGGGGGCCCCCAAGUAUGUCCCGCUGCCCGGAGAGAGGGUGCAGCCCUUGCUCCACAACGUGUCCUGCAGGGGUGACGAGUCCUCCCUGUGGGAGUGCAGCCUCGGGGCGUGGACACAGACGCCGUGCCCCCACGAGUGGAUGGUGGUCGCGCUGUGCUCCAACGGUACUUUUCGGGAGAUCCAGCUGGUGAAGGGCCGGAGCCCCUGCUCCGGACUCCCCGAGAUCAAGAACCUGAACGGCAUAGACCGCCUCUGUGGCCUGCACCAGAAGGAGGCCACGGUGUUCUGCCAGGAGCUGGGGUGCGGCCCCGCGCUGCAGGCCUCCCGCCAAGACGGGGACACUGGCGGGAAGUUCAUGACCUGCCAGGGCACGGAGCCCACCAUCCGCAACUGCAGACUCAACAACAACCUCCGCAGCGGCUGCGACUUGAAGCAAGACGCCGAGGUGGUCUGUUCAGGACACACGGAGGCCCGGCUGGCGGGCGGCGAGCACCCCUGUGCUGGGCGCCUGGAGGUGAGGCGUGGCCUGACCUGGGGCACCGUCUGCGACGAGGACCUGGACCAGGCCACAGCCCACGUGGUGUGUCGGGAGCUGCAGUGUGGCAUGGCCGUGUCCACACCCCCGGGCGCGCACUUUGGCCAGGGCUCUGGGUCCGUGUGGACGGAGGCCUUCCGCUGUGCGGGCAACGAGUCCCUGCUGUUCCACUGCCCCCGGGCGCCUGGGCACCAGUGUGGGCACGGCCAGGACGCCGGGCUCAGGUGCUCAGAGUUCCGGCUGGCCAACGGCAGCAGCAGCUGUGAGGGGCGCGUGGAACUCCAGGUCCAGGGGGCCUGGGCCCCCCUCUGUGCCGCCCACUGGGACCUCGCAGACGCCACCGUCCUCUGCCACCAGCUCAACUGUGGCAGCGCCGUGGCAGCGCCCGCAGGCGGUCACUUUGGGCACGGAAGCGCUCCCCUCUGGCCCGACAGGUUCCACUGUGUGGGGACAGAGCCCUAUUUGUGGAAUUGCCCAGUGAGCACCCUGGGCGCCCCCCCCUGUGCCCCAGGAAACUCGGCCUCCGUGGUCUGCUCAGGUCUCCCCCACGCUCUGCGGCUGAGGGAGGGACAGAGCCGCUGUGAUGGCCGCGUGGAGGUGUCCCUGGACGGCGUGUGGGGCCGCGUCCUGGACGACGCGUGGGACGUGCGUGGCGCGCGCGUGGUGUGCAGGCAGCUGGGGUGCGGAGAGGCGGAGCAGGCCUACGAUGCUCCCGCCCCGGGGCGCGGGGCCGGCGUGGGGCUGAGCUGCGUGCGCUGUCUGGGCACCGAGGCCCGCCUGGCCCAGUGCAACGUGUCUGCGUCCCCGCUGGCGCCGGCGGGGACCUCGCGGGACGUGGGCGUCGUGUGCGCUGGGAGCCGCCGGGUGCGCCUGGCCGCGGGCCCGGGCCGCUGUGCGGGGCGCGUGGAGGUGCUGCACGGGGGCGCGUGGGGCACGGUGUGCGACGACGGCUGGGACCUGCGGGACGCGCACGUGGUGUGCGGGCAGCUGGGCUGCGGCCACGCCCUCGGCGCCCUGGGGGCGGCGCCCUUCGGGCCCGGGUCCGGGCGCAUCUGGAUGGACGAGCUGGGCUGCGAGGGCACCGAGUCUGCGCUGUGGCAGUGCCCGUCGGGAGGCUGGGGCCGGCACGACUGCGGGCACAAGGAGGACGCCGGAGUCUUCUGCUCAGAGUCCGUGGCCCUGCGGCUGCAGGGGGGCAGCCAGCCCUGCGCUGGGUGGCUGGAGGUGUUCUACAAUGGCACGUGGGGCGCCGUGUGCGGCAACUCCCUGAAGGACACCUCCCUGUCCAUCAUUUGCAAGCAGCUGGGCUGUGGGGAGCAGGGCUGGCUGGAGAACAGGCCCGUCCCCACCGGCCUGGGCGCCUCCUGGGUGGACAACAUUGAGUGCCGCAGGCUGCACAGCUCUACACUGUGGCAGUGCCCCUCGGCCCCCUGGCGUCUGCGCUCCUGUGCCCACGGAGAAGAGGUCUGGAUCACCUGUGCAGGAUUGUCAGCGAAAACGACGCAGGACCCCGGGGAGACCCUCAACUGCUCAGCCACCCGCGGCUGCCCAGAGGAAGGCUCCGUGCGCGUGCGCGGCGGCCAGGACAGCUGCUCGGGCCGCGUGGAGCUCUGGCACGUGGGCUCCUGGGGCACCGUGUGCGACGAUUCCUGGGACCUGGCGGACGCGGAGGUCGUGUGCCGCCAACUGGGCUGUGGCAGGGCCAUCGGCGCCCUGGCAGGGGCCGCCUUUGGCCCAGGCUCAGGGCCCGUGUGGCUGGACGAGGUGGGGUGCCGGGGCAGCGAGGCGUCCCUGUGGGGCUGCCCCGCGGAGCCUUGGGGACACGUGGACUGCGGGCACAAGGAGGAUGCGGGCGUGCGCUGCUCCCGCCCUGUCUUGGCCCCACUAUCUUCCCUCAAGGCUGGGACCCUGCCCAUGAUCUUCUGCUUCAUUCUGGGCACCCUCCUGGGCUUCGUCUCCCUGAUCCUGGGGGUGCAGUGGUACCGCAGAGGAGCCUGCAGGGGUUUUGGAAUGCUGGGGACUCUGCCCUCGGAAGCUGUUUAUGAGGACAUUGGAGCUGUCCCCAUAGGGGAGAAGGUUGAAGGGUCCAGUGUGUCCCCGGACCUGGUGCCGGAAGAGGACUAUGACGAUGCCUGGGAGCCGGAGCCAGGCCCUGAGGAGCCGGAGGAGGAGCCGGAGGAGGGGACGGCCCUGAGCUCCGUGGGCCCGGCGGCAGAGUCGGUGGCGGCAGAGUCGGUGGCCCUGCUGAGAGGCGGGAACCGCUGCGAGGGCCUGGUGCGGGUGCAGCUCGGCGGCCUGGAGGGCCCGGUGUGCGGGGACCACUGGGGCCUGCAGGAGGCGGCGGUCAUCUGCAGGCAGCUGGACUGCGGCGGGGCCCACGUGGCGCCCACGUAUGUGGUGUGGCCCCAGGAGAGGCAGCCCUCCUUGCUGCAGGGCGUGAGGUGCCAGGGCUCGGAGGCCUCGCUCUGGGACUGCGCCCCGGGGGCGUGGGAGCCGCUGGAGGGCUGCGCAUGUGAGUGCAUCGGCGCGGUCCACUGCAAAGGUGGGAAGCUGGCGAAAGUGGAGCUCAGCGGAGGAGGCAGUCCCUGUGCGGGGACCUUUGAGAUCAGAUGGACUGAAAGCUAUGCUGUGGCGUGUGGUUUGCACUUGGAGGAGGCGAGUGUCUUCUGCAGGAGUCUGGGGUGCGGCCCAGCGCUCCAGGCAUCCAGACCCCACCUCACCGGGGGCUCUGGGAGCCGGGGGCCUAAGAUCGUGACCUGCCAGGGAACGGAGUCCAACAUCUUCAACUGCAGGUUCAAUCUGAACGUUCAGGACCAGUGCAACCUUCCGACAGACACGCAGGUCGUGUGUUCAGGACACACUGAGGCCCGGCUGGCGGGCGGCGAGCACCCCUGUGCUGGGCGCCUGGAGGUGAGGCGCGGCCUGACCUGGGGCACCGUCUGCGACGAGGACCUGGACCAGGCCACAGCCCACGUGGUGUGUCGGGAGCUGCAGUGUGGCAUGGCCGUGUCCACACCCCCGGGCGCGCACUUUGGCCAGGGCUCUGGGUCCGUGUGGACGGAGGCCUUCCGCUGUGCGGGCAACGAGUCCCUGCUGUUCCACUGCCCCCGGGCGCCUGGGCACCAGUGUGGGCACGGCCAGGACGCCGGGCUCAGGUGCUCAGGGGAAAGGUUCCGGCUGGCCAACGGCAGCAGCAGCUGUGAGGGGCGCGUGGAACUCCAGGUCCAGGGGGCCUGGGCCCCGCUCUGUGCCGCCCACUGGGACCUCGCAGACGCCACCGUCCUCUGCCACCAGCUCAACUGUGGCAGUGCCGUGGCCGCGCCCGCAGGCGGUCACUUUGGGCACGGAAGCGCUCCCCUCUGGCCCGACAGGUUCCUCUGUGUGGGGACAGAGCCCUAUUUGUGGAAUUGCCCAGUGAGCACCCUGGGCGCCCCCCCCUGUGCCCCAGGAAACUCGGCCUCCGUGGUCUGCUCAGGUCUCCCCCACGCCCUGCGGCUGAGGGAGGGACAGAGCCGCUGUGAUGGCCGCGUGGAGGUGUCCCUGGACGGCGUGUGGGGCCGCGUCCUGGACGACGCGUGGGACGCGCGUGGCGCGGGCGUGGUGUGCAGGCAGCUGGGGUGCGGAGAGGCGGAGCAGGCCUACGAUGCUCCCGCCCCGGGGCGCGGGGCCCGCGUGGGGCUGAGCCGCGUGCGCUGUCUGGGCACCGAGGCCCGCCUGGCCCAGUGCAACGUGUCUGCGUCCCCGCUGGCGCCGGCGGGGACCUCGCGGGACGCGGGCGUCGUGUGCGCUGGGAGCCGCCGGGUGCGCCUGGCCGCGGGCCCGGGCCGCUGUGCGGGGCGCGUGGAGGUGCUGCACGGGGGCGCGUGGGGCACGGUGUGCGACGACGGCUGGGACCUGCGGGACGCGCACGUGGUGUGCGGGCAGCUGGGCUGCGGCCACGCCCUCGGCGCCCUGGGGGCGGCGCACUUCGGGCCCGGGUCCGGGCGCAUCUGGAUGGACGAGCUGGGCUGCGAGGGCACCGAGUCUGCGCUGUGGCAGUGCCCGUCGGGGGGCUGGGGCCGGCACGACUGCGGGCACAAGGAGGACGCCGGAGUCUUCUGCUCAGGGCUCACCGGCCUGAGGCUGCGGGACGGCGGCCAGCGCUGCGCCGGGCGCCUGGAGGUGCUGCACAACGGGACCUGGGGCGGCGUCUGCCGGCCCCUGAGCCCCGCCUCCCUGGGCGUCCUGUGCGGGCAGCUGGGCUGCGGGCCCCAGGGGCAGCUCCAGGCGGCGGUGCGGGCUCCGAAGGCCUCUGGGGCGCUCUGGGUGGCCGCCAUUCGGUGCCGGCACAGGCACGACCUGUCCCUGUGGCAGUGCCCAUCCGCCCCCUGGGACCCGCAUUCCUGCCCCAGCCAGGAGGAGGCCUGGGUGGUGUGUGCAGAGGAAGGCUCCGUGCGCGUGCGCGGCGGCCAGGACAGCUGCUCGGGCCGCGUGGAGCUCUGGCACGCGGGCUCCUGGGGCACCGUGUGCGACGAUUCCUGGGACCUGGCGGACGCGGAGGUCGUGUGCCGCCAACUGGGCUGUGGCAGGGCCAUCGGCGCCCUGGCAGGGGCCGCCUUUGGCCCGGGCUCAGGGCCCGUGUGGCUGGACGAGGUGGGGUGCCGGGGCAGCGAGGCGUCCCUGUGGGGCUGCCCCGCGGAGCCUUGGGGACACGUGGACUGCGGGCACAAGGAGGACGCGGGCGUGCGCUGCUCCCGCCUGGGAAGUUCGGAGGUGUCUCCUGGGGAGCCCACCUAUGAUGUCAUCGGGGACCUGCCUCUCACGGGGCUGUACGAGGAAAUCGGGGAGGAGCCCCAGGGUGAGGAGGACCAGGGUGUGGUCAGGGUGGCCCCGGCAGAAGGGGCAGCGAGCCUCACAGACGGACAGUCUGGGCCCGAGGAGGAUUACGACGAGGCUGCGUUUCCUGUGGAGGAGAUGACGCUGUGA